AUGCACAACACCACCUUGCAACCUGUAACUAUCCAAGCCCUCCAAUACUUUCUUACUAUUUGGAGACAAGACCCCGCUGCCCAAAAUAAUUUAGAAAUUUGUUCCCAAAAUAUUUUCUUGUGGAACCCUAAUGACCCUAAUGAUACUAGUGAUAUUACUACGCUAGUAAAUACCACAGUGGACCUUCCAUCCGAACCUAUCAACAUGGAUACCCUCUUGAAUACUUUUCUAACCGAAGAACCAGAAAUUAACCCAACCUCAACCAUCACUUCUCCUGAACCAGAAACUGAACCAGACACUGAAGUUUACUAA